UUACAGUCGAACCGAAACCGGAAGUGUGCGGUGUUUUGCUAACAGUUAGCAUCCGCAGGCUAACUUUUCUUUAUUUGGAUUCGCAGUUCAGCCCAGCUGAAGUAGCCAGAUUUAACCAUCGGACGCAAAUGUAAGUUUUGAACCAUUUUUAAAAAGCGUCGACCAUGAAUGGGAGUACGAAUCCGCUGCUGGAUAAAGAAGAGCAUGUCUUGAAGCUCGGAGAAAGCUUCGAGAAGAGGCCGAAAUCUUCUUUCCAUACCAUCAGAUAUGACUUCAAGCCAGCAUCUAUCGACACGAGUUGCGAAGGAGAGCUACAAGUUGGGAAAGGAGAUGAAGUUACUAUUACUCUACCUCACAUUCCAGGCUCCACACCACCUAUGACAGUAUUUAAAGGAAACAAACGGCCAUAUCAGAAGGAUUGUGUGCUCAUCAUUAACCAUGACACAGGAGAAUUUGUACUGGAGAAGCUCAGCAGCAGCAUCCAAGUGAAGAAAACAAGGGCAGAGGGGAGCAGUAAGAUCCAGGCCCGCAUUGAGCAGCAGUCAGUUCGCUCCAGCCAGCCCAGCUCCCAGUUCCGGGCCCCAACUAAACCAGGAACUGGGAUCAAAACUUCGCCCUCCCAAACUAAGGACAACCCCUCCCCUGAACCUCAGCUCGAUGACAUCAAGAGAGAGCUGAGAGCAGAGGUGGAUGUCAUAGAGCAGAUGAGCAGCAGCGGCAGCAGCAGCUCCUCCGAUUCAGCCAGCGCUUCAGGGAGCGGCGACGACAGCAGCAGCAGCGACGGUGAGAACGACGCCCCGCGGCCGCUCAGCCAGACGUCCCCCAGCCGCCUCCCCAUGGUCAACGGAGAAGUCGACAGGCAGCAGGGCAACAACCAGCUCAUGAACACACUCCGAAACGAUCUUCAGCUCAGCGAGUCGGGCAGCGACAGUGAUGAUGACUGAACUCUCUGGGUCAGUUUUUCCUCCUCCAGACUCCCUCUUCCACCUGAUUAUUUUGUUUCUUUGCUGUGGUAGCGGAACUCAGCUUUAUAUUGUAGUGUGACUGCAUUUGCAAAAUUUUAUUUUAGUAUAUCCGUAAAGGUGGCCACCCAAACACAUUAGAUGUAUAUUUAGUUUUGUAUAGUAAAAAAUUCCAAUGUAUUUUACCUGAGGGCAGUGGAAGAUUAUAUUUAGAGCAUUCAUACAUAUUUUAAGUACUGAAAGAAGCUAGUUUUAUCUUCUGAAUUCAUCUAUUUUUAUUACGUUUUGUUUUUAUGUUAAAGUUAACAAGAAAAAGAUUGUCUCUGUUAAACCCAGCUUCAUGUUAGAAGUUUUAUUCUUCGCUUUUCUUGCCAUUAAGGAAACUGACAAAUUAAGCCAAAGGUCCAUUUUCUUUCUUGACGUACUAAAAGAGGGACUGCAGAGACAAUGUGGAUUAUUCUAAAUUUUAUCAUGUGGGGACUAUUUGGGACUGCAUAAAAAUCUAAGAGAAAAUGGGACUCUAUUUGGCCUAUCUUUCUAAAUAAACGUAGUGAUGACUUUUUAUUAAUAUAUGAUGUUUGGGUGUUUAAAAUUGGUGUCAAAGCUGUUCAUACACACUCCUUAUAAUAAUAUGAUGACUUUUCAACUUGAACAAUAGGUGUUUUGGGGUUAUUUUGUACUCUAAAGUGCCUCAUUAUUGUUGUGUGUUCUUUUUUUUUUUUUUUUUUUUUUUGUAGCUUGGCGUGUUUGGGUGACACUAUUUAAAGCAGAAAAAAGUCAUUCAAUAGCAGUUCCUUAGAGAUGUUUUGCUCCCCCACCACAAGAUGGCACACAAGACUCAAAAUUCUUACAGAAACAAAGACAUUUAUUGAGGUAAAGGAGAAAUGAAAAGUAUUUUGAAGCUAACAUCACACAAAACUUGAAACACUAAACACACUAAACAUCAUUUUAAUUAAAACAUAUAAAAAAAAAAUACUUCCGGUAACUCAGUAUGUGCAGAUCUGAUUUCAAUUCUCCUUUAAGUUAUAUCAAAUAGCAAAAAAGUGGUUCCUUCCUAGAUUAGGUUGGUUUCUCUGGAAGGUGAAGUUAUGGUUUUAUUUUGUUGGACCUUUGUUUACCUCAACCUUUGAUUACUGUGUUCAGCUUUACUUGAAAUAGCAAGGGAUGUAGAUUAGAUGUGUAGAAAGUCAACGACAGUGAAUUUGAAACUGGAUAAAUCUUAAUAACAUAAAAAUGUUACAGUUUUCAGCUGCAGCUUUUUUGUUGAUGCAGACAGUGUUGCUAACUGAAAGCUGUGUGGAGUCUAUCUGGCCUGCAUCUUACAGAUGUCAAUUUUAUUAUUAUUCUUUGAUUUUUGCAUGUGUUUUCUGGUCUUAAUAUCAAGUAUAAGAAGCAUCAUUGUAGGGUUUCAGAGAUUUGACAAUAUUAUUCAGCCCGCCUGAACCACUCGUUCAGACAACUGAAGGUUAAAAGGUCUAGACCAGGUGUCUGCAGCCUGCAACUUUUCUGUAAUAGCUUUUAAUAACUUUUGCUAAAAAUAAUAAAAAAAAUAAAAAUAAAUAUAGAUAUAACAGCAAAUGCAGGUUUUAGCAUUUUUAAUAAUUUAUUGAAUAACUGAUCUGAAUUUUUUGACACUAACAGGAAGAGUAAUAUUUUUAAGAUACUUUAGGAUUACAUUUUUUUGUCAUACAUUACAUAAAAUAUGUUUUCUUCUUUAUUUUAAACCCCCAAAAUAGAAAUAAAAAUACAGGUUUCCAUACAGUACAUCUUUAUAGAAUAAUUAUAAGUUUUAUCUUUUCCUAUGUCAUGUAAUAUUUGUGGCUCUAACAGGUUUAUUUAGCUGGAUUGAGGGCAAAACUGUUUUUGUUUUUUUUUUGGAUCCUAAAGGUUGCAGACCUAUGGUCUUGAUUUUAUGCAGCUUAAAACCAAAACAAACUUAUAGAAGAGUUUUAGUUGGUUUCAGACUUGUGUUGAUUGUUUGAUCCAGAAAUAUACCAGACCACUUUAAAUGCUUUACAGUGUUUCAGCUCGGUAAUGAAAGUAAACUGUAUUAUUUUCACGAAAUGCCAAAAAAAAUAGAAGUUGUCAUGAGAAAGACAUGCAGGAAUGUAUCUGUGUUCAAUUGUGUUUCUGUGCAAACAGUGUUAUUAAUGACUCCGCUGGUUUUUCCACUUAACUGCAAAUCUCAUAUCAAGCUGCCGAUAAAGAAAAGUUUCAAUAGUAAAAUAGCUAGGCCUAAAUAUAAAGUUAUAUUGUAGGAAAUAAAUUGUUUUUAUUUUGGAGUGAAUCAUGAUUCAAUUUGACAAUUUUCAGAACGCAUGAGAUCACAUCUAAAAUUAUGCUAAAUAUAAAAAAAUACAGAAUAACCUAUUUUAGACUAGUCAGAAACCAAGACUAUAUAAUUUUGCUGUGAAAAUUAAUGCUACCAUUUCUAUAAUUCUGAUCUGUAUUAAAGGGAGCUUAACACAGCAUCCAGGUAUGCAAUUUCUGCUUCUCAGUCCCAAACUCAAAGUACCCAACAUACAAGAGACGGACUGCUUUAAUACUUUUAAGUUUUUGAGGUUCAUGUUGUUGUCACAUUAGAUUUAGCGCUUUUUAACUCUUUCCAUGCUCCUGUUCAUCUACAUCUACUCCAGUAUCUUUGUUUGCUAUAGCAGUAACUACAAAUGAACCUGCAUCUUGUAUUGAAACAAUAGUGACUUGGAACAGAAAAUGGUUUGAAACACCCAUCCCAUAGGUAUAAAGCAAAUAUGUUUGGUAUAGCUACGACAGCCAGAGAACAUUUCUGCUUGUCAUUAAGCCAGACACACACGAUGUGGGAAAGGAGGGACCGCUAUCUCCAGCAGUCAAUGGGCAAGAAACACCCUUUCCAUCCCAGGGCAGAUAAACCAUGCACUCACACACCUGAGGGCAAUUUGGAUAGACUCAGUUAACUCACUCAUGUGUUUGAGCUGUAGGAGGAAGCUAGAGAACCCACACAUGCACAGGAAGAACAUGCAAACUUCAUGCAGAAAAACACCAGGUCUGGUUUUGAACCCAUGACCUUCUUGCUCCUAGGCAAUAGUGCUACGAAUUGCAUUACACAGUUUGAAUCAUAUUGGCAUAUGUGUAAACAGGGCAUCGGAUCUGGUUUUAAGUAGCUGCAUACCAGCUGGAGCUUUGGUGCUUGAUUCAUAGCUAGGAAUGAUACCACAAAUCUAUUCUGCAAGUUCUAGCUGUAAGUUGGAAAACAAAAUCCACCUUCCAAGCGCAAAUAAAACUCACCCUUACUACCUAAAUAAACAAACUAAGAAAAUUCUUAAUACCUAAGCACAUUUUUAUGUCUAGCCCAGCUUUAUGUUCAAGCAUGUGUUAAAAAUGUAUGCAUUAGGUGUUGAACUACAAAAGAAAACUGGUGUUUCCAAUUGAAACUGUAAAGGUCUUGCACAAUGGUGCUGUUGUCUUGUUAACUGUAUUGUAUUUGUUAUUUCAGAUGUUCAGUUUUUGUCCUAUAACUGUUAUUUAAAUAAAAUUUGCAUUGUAUUAAAUUUGCAGAAGUCAAUAAAUAGUUUCACACAUC